CGAUGUUUGCUCCGCAAGACUGCUGAUAACACUGGACACAAUGUGUUUGAAUUUGGCGCUGAUUAGGUGACGUAACAAGCGAUAAAUUAUUAAUGCUAAAGGAAGACAUUUGGAAUACAUGCUUUUCAACAAGUGCUAAGUUUGCCGGACGAAAUGAGUUCUGUGGUAAAUCUAGUGAUUUUCGCGAUUGUAUGGCAGAAGGCACUGUUGCAGCCCAUUGAUGACCCAACUACAGUGGUCUCCACCCCAAAAAUCCCAGAACAACUUGUAAAAAUGGGCCAAAGUCUCGAAGAGAUCCCUCAAGGUUGCACCGAAAUCAAAAUUUUGAACGUGGCCUACAACCAAAUCUCCACUCUCCCUGCAUACAUUUUCUCCAACAAAACCUUUAAAUCCCUCACAAAAAUCGAGCUCAACCAAAACCGAAUCUCCGAAAUUCACUCAACGGCCUUCCGAGGACUAAAGCAACUAACAACCGUCAUCCUAUCGGACAACAACAUCACCUCUCUGGACCCUUGGACCUUCAAAAACAACCACAAGCUGGAAAAACUGGACAUUUCCCGAAACAGCAUCACUUUCAGCAAACAGACUGUGUUUCUAGUGUCGCACACAAUACAAACACUAAUCGUGUCGUAUAAUAAAAUCGACGAAAUCUCCGAAUUCACGUUUAUAGGACUUCCGAAUUUGAAGAAUUUGGUUCUAGAUGGUAACACUUUAGACAGUCUUGGCCCCAAGAGCUUUAAGUCUCUGAGCAAAUUGCAGUAUUUGUCUUUGGCAAACACAGGUGUUUAUCAUUUAAGUAAGUCAAUGUUUAGCAAUAAUCUGCCAAGAAUCAUUGAUUUACAAGACACUCCUUUCUCCGCACGGUUCGAGCCGCCACUGAGGACAGUUCGGAACGAAGCCGUUGGGAAUUUGCUCAAAAUCGACGAAAUUUUCACGUGAAAAAUCAUUCGUUUUCGUAAUGAUUUCGAAGCAGUUUGUUAUUUUGCAUUCAAACGGUUCGUCUGCCACAUCCUUUUUUAACUACCUUGUGUGAAUAUUAAGUCAAGUUUGCAUACUAUCACCUUUAUCUCAUCCUUCCUGUAAGCUAAUAGUUAAGUAGACAAUAUGCAAAAAGCGUAUCUAUUUAUAUUCAAUAACUAAUAGCGGCUUCGCCGUGGGCCAUACUUUACUGUACUUUUAUUUCCAACAAAUUUUCUCGCUUCAGCUUUGUGAUGUAUUAUCUAGUUUAAACUAAGUGCAACGAUGGCUGUUUUUUGUUACUGAAUAAAAGUACAGUAUUUUCGACAGUUUGGAGGUAGGCAGUGUUGUUUGUCAUCAGGAUACCGGUAUAACAUAAUCAUGGGUAUUAUUCUAGCGUUUAUGUAUCCUAAGAUUAGAUAAAAUAUGUAGUUAAGGAAAAUUACUACCUACGUUAAGUACAAAGAUUAAUGUAAAGUUCGUGUGUACCUGAAUAGUGUGUAAUAAGGUUAAUUUUAUAAUAAACGUUAAAAAGAUAA